AUGAUUCUAAUAAAAAUAUUGUACCUAUGGACAAAUAUACUACAAAUCACCGUUUCUUUAUCACCAGCAACACUAUUUGCAUGCAUGCAAUUGCAAGGAAUUCAAGCAAAAGCUGUGACAUCCGCUUUAAACUGGAAGCUAAAAAACAAAUUCAAUUCAGCUUUGGGAAAACCUACCUACCAUAACAUUUUUACCGAUAAAAAUUAUUUUGGAAAACGGUUCGUUAGAGAUGUUGGCCAAAGUAAUAUUGACGUAAUACCAGCUGAUAAUACAAAUUUUGAUAGAAUGACUUCCAGGUUUCUGUCUGAUGACACAGACCAUCAUCUAAACCAAGACAGAAUUGAAGAACAAAAUAGUUUUGACGAGGAAGAUGGUUCCUCAAGAAGUGCAGAAAUGGAUUCUUAUGAAAUGGGAUAUUACGGAGAUGAGUAUCCACUACCUUACAACGGUGUAUCUGGAUCAAAUAUGUACCAUCAAAACCACAGAGUUCCUUGCAACGCAUAUCUUCCAGAAGUUUACGAUAGGGGUCCAAAAGAAAAACCAAAACAAAACCCGCACUUAUUGCAUCAUCAUAUAGAAAGCCACAUUCCUGGUUUUAAAGGACUAUUUCCCCAUCAAUUUUUACCGAGAGCGUCAGAUAUCGAUGAGGAAUCGGACAAUUUUAAUCAACAUCUAGUGUUUGAGCCAAUAGAUGGAGCCCAUGAGGCUCACAAUCCUAGUACGGAUGGUAACGAUGAGAGGGUUGGAACUAUCCAUCUUCUUCCUUUUACACCUUUAAACCCCGACGAAUCAGUGCCAUACCAAAAUCCGAGAUUAUUUAAUCCGCUAAAAGCAGAAAACCGACAAAAAGUAAUUCAUUUAAUUGAACAAGAAGAAGAUUUCCUUAAACUGAUGCUAGAAAAACUCGAUCGUGUUGCUUAUAAGUUUGCCGAUCCAUUCACACCGAAACCACUGCCUGAAAAACCGCCUAAACUAUAUUCUGACUACCAAGACAGCUACAAGAAUUAUAAGCCCACUGAAGAUUAUUCCCAACAAUAUUCAAAACCACUACCUGAAAAACUACCAACAAGUAAUUAUGACUAUCAGCAUAGCUACAAACAGUACAAGAUCGAUAAGCCCUCUAGUGAUUACUCUCAAGACUACCCAGAGCCAGCAGCUGCUGAAAGUAAUACUUAUUCAUAUUCUGAAGCUCACCAUUACAACUCACUGAUAGAAGAUAUAGUUAAACGUCUGCUAGAUUUAGAAAAGCAAAAAUUGGACGAUAUAACCCACAAAUUCAUCCAUCCUCAUUUUGUACCGUAUAAGGACGUUAAGUACCCAAACAAAUUAAAUUAUAAAGAAGAAUUGCUUGAUAUUAAAGAAGAUGGGUUGAAAAGUUUAAUCAGUAUGGAAAAACGCAAGCUUGAAGAUAUAACUGACAUAUUUUUGGCACCAUUUACCCAACCAGUACCAGAAAAAGGUUCACCAUAUCCAGGAUACCCAACAGAAUAUAGAUCAAACGAUAAAGUACAUGAUAAAGGUGAAGAGACUAAUUUAACCCCAACGGUUAAUUCUAACACUCUUCCUGAUCAACAAGAUGUACUUCCUACAGUUUAUCCAAUAUAUGAUGAGAAAAAAAACAGAGACAAUGUAGAUACACAAAACUUACAUCCUGCUGGAUCUUUACCAACGGAUAAUCCUGAGACUGAAAAAAAUUUAGGGCCAUUACUUCCUUCAGCUACAGUGCGACUGUUACCAGUAGAAGAUACUUCAAACCCUCAUGCACCGGAACAAUCUAAAAUAGAGCAUAACGAUAAUACUAACCUUCCAGCACCGCAGGUUCCCAAUCAAGAACAUGUAUUCAAAUCAGAGCUUGAAAGAGUAGACCAAGGUGCCAAGGAUGUGAUCAACGAAGCAUCUGCUGUAUAUAAUUCCUUAAAUCCUGUCAACAAUUUGGACCGUUAUUCGCAGCUAAUUGCUGAUGAAAUACAAAAACUCACGGAAGUUACUAGGAAAGAAUCUGUCUCUGACGACAACCUGAGAGAAACUUAUCAUGAAGAGAAUCAUUUGUCUGAAGGAGCACCGUCUGAAUUAGAUAAUUGGUCAUCUUUACCCCAAGAUUCUUACACCGAAAACAACCCAGUUCUAGGCCAUAUUAUUACAGUACCCAACAACUACGAUUACCACAGAAGAACACGAAACGUAGCUCAAAACUUAACAGCUGACGAAUAUUUGAAUAUUUUUUUAAACGAAGGGAAGCAAAUGUUAAAACAUGUGCAAAAACUUGGCGCAGAUAACGAGGAUAUUUUGUUGUUAAGUUUUUUAGGAAAUAUUAUAAUGGAAAAUAUACAAAAGAGAUUGAAUGAGAACAGUAUCAACAACACUCAUAGUAAUAACAGCAAUGUUAGACGUAAACGAGAUAUUCCUGUAGAAACCCUCUUAACGGAUCCCAAACUAAGAGUAGACGUACCGAAAGUAUUGGAAAACCUUGGCACGUUUGCCAAAACGCUUCUCGAUCACAAAGACACUCCUAUAUAUCACAUUCGCAACAUUGUUGGCUCUGCUAAAGACGUUGCUCUUGCUACCAUAAAAAUACCAAAUCAAAAUUUUAUAGUGCCUUCCGGGUACAAUAUUGUUGAUAAUCCAAACAAGGGUGAUACAAUAUUAGAAAGUGCUUAUCCUGAUAUAUCUUCCAGAUUUGGCGACGAAAGCGACGGAAUACAGGACUGGCCACAGGAGUUGGUACAGAAUACUUUUCAAAAUGUAGGACAUGUGAUUCGCAAUGCAGUUAGAUCAGGUCAAGAAGCCAUUCACCACGUAGGAGAAAUAACAAACCACGCUAAAAAAGCUAUAUUAACGGCCAGACAAGCCCCAGAAAUUCUCAUGAAUACGGUUAGUCCCAUUCCAGUGACAUCUGACGAGAAAGUUAAUUUAAACUCAAGGUUUGGUGACGAAGAUGAUGAUCCAAUCGUAGGGCAGACACAACAGAUACCAGAGUUUGUCAAAAUGGGACAUCUUCUAGAUGCUGCUGGAGUUUCCAAUCCAGCUAUAACUCCAGAGGCAAUUGAUCCAAGGACCAACACACAUCUUGAACAAUUUUGGAAAAACAUCGGGAAUGUUGCGGGAAAUCACAACUUAAAAAACAUUCAAGAGAUUUUUAACAAGAAAACUAACUUAGAGAAGAUUAAUCAGAACAAACAUAUUUUUCCCAAAUAUAACAUCCGAAACAAUGAGGGCUACGAACUGGGUAAUAUUCAAAAUAAAGUAAACGAUAAGGUUAAAAAUGUUCUGAAGAAUUUUGAAGAGUUUUCUCAUAAUAAAAACGAAGAUGUUUUAAGACAUAAUGCAGCUGCAGAUAAUAUUCAAAACAAAAACCCAAUAAAAAGUAUUAAAGAACUGUUUCCAGGACAUAGCAACUUACCAAUCCAAGAGUACCAAGAAAAUAUUCAGAAAUUUGUGAACAACAAUUUUCAACAAACUUUUAAAAAUUUAGAAAGUAUAGGAAGCAAUCAAAAGAAAGAUAUGACUGUGAGAAAUAAUUUUGGUUUCCAAAAUAAUAAAUAUAUGGAAGACUUGAAGGAAAAUGUAGAAAAUACAAUUAAUUCUUUUAAUAAUGUCGAACACAAAAGUACAAAAAAAGUUCCAAAAGAAAAAACUGAAUAUGUUCAACAAGUCUUAGAUAAAAUUGAAGAUGUUUUAAACAAUGCUAACUCUAGAAAGUCCAUUCAAAAUGUGUCUAAUAAUGGAGAAAAAGAAAGAAGAGACCAAAUCCAAAAAUUGCGAAAUAAGCUGGACAAUAUUCAUAUGAUGCACAAGUUGACUUCCAGAAGUAAUAGAGAAAAAAACCUUCAGAAUAUUUUAGACAAGAUUGACGACGAAAAAAACAGAGAUAAGUUUUUAAAAAAUCUUAAAAAUGGUGUUGAUGAUCUCAAGAAAACUUUAGGCGUAGAAAAUAUCCGUAAUUUCGUAGGAGAUGUAAAAGAAAAGUUGAACGAUUUAAGAGAGAACAGCGCACUGGAUGUUAAAAAUAUUAAUUUUAAAAAUAAGAGGACAAAAAGGGACGUUAAGGGUCCUUUAUUAGGAACAUCAACACCAGAUAUGUUUGAACAGACAUUCCAUGAACACUUCACUAACAAGGGCAUUCAUACAACCCCACAGGAAGCAUUUCAGCGGGCCCAAAAUACAGAUAAAGAUGACGUAGUGUCCACAUCUAUGACAAUGCACAAAAGUUUGUUGAAGCCCUUUAUGGGAAAAGGUCCAAUCGAGGAAAUGGAAACGGUUAAUGGACAGUACGGACCCGUUGUCUCGUGUGGCUGUUGUGGAAAUCAAAUAGAUGAACAUGAUAUUUAUUAUUAA